AUGGUGAGCAGCUGCUGUGGUAUUCACAAGCAAGUCCAGAUUUUCCAGCUGUCGUCAUGGCACCUUGGUAACCAGUACAUUCAGGAAUUGCAUGGCUUCUUGUUGUGCUUGGUAAGACACCCCAGUCUACAACGCCAAUCAAUCUCAUGACAUCUCAAUACUCUUGAGUGCUGAAAUUUGCAGCAGCGACUGACUGAGAAAAUUGAGUUUGCAUCCCAAAUGGCACCCUAGUCCCUACAUAGUGCACUACUUUUAACCAGUGCCCUAUGGGCCUUGGUCAAAAGUAGUGCAUUAUAGGGGUCCAUUUAGGACAAAGACAGGAUGUUCUGAUUGGCUGGAAAAAGCUUCCACUGUUCCUUCCCUGCAUAGUGCCUGCUCUGCGGUGGCAGUCUGGUAGUGGGGAACGACUGAGUGGAAAAGGUGGCAGUCUGGUAGUGGGGAACGACUGAGUGGAAAAGAUGUUACUCAGUCUCGGAUGAAACCCCCUGAUACACUCCAUAACAGCUAGGAGAUCCCUUUUGAGUUCUGGUCCAGAAGCACGAGUUCAGUCUUUUAGCUACCCAGACAGUUUAAUCACAGUCAUAAAGCAUAUAAAUCUAGCGAGUUGAAAUCCGAGCAUUAUAUUUAUCUAAGACUAAUGGUAUUUUUAUGCUGAAUCUUGCGGAUAACAAGGCUGUAACAUUUUAUCAUAUUACUUAAAAAGCCCUCUUUUUCCACUUUUUCGUACAUUUUCUGGAGUACGUCCUGAUGCCGUUUUGACGUUUCUUGAGCUAAUUCGUUGUCAAUUCCAGUCUGCAGUAAUGUUGAGGAUGUCAUUGGAAUAUUGUCUCUACUGUUUUUCACUUAAAGUAGCCAAAAUGCUGGAUCGCAAGUUCUUAAUUCCAGGGAAUACCAGACAGCUUUCGACUGAGAAUAAGGGUCAAGCUGUUGUUAAUGUUUGCCACCAGCAUUGAUGUAUCCUUUUUUUGUGUGUGUGUGUCUCUCUCUCUCUGCCAGGUGCUGAUCGGGGACGAGCCGGAGCCAGGCAUGGAGAACCUGUUGGAGGUGGAGAUUCCUGAGGACGUGGAGGUGAAGCUCAAAGACAUGGAUGCCCAGGAGCAGGAGCAGUUGGAGAAGGACCAGGAAGAUCUGUUGAAUCCAGACAAGCCCCAGCAGUGUGCUGGCAUAGUGAGGAUGAUGUAGCAAGGAGGUCUUUUCUACAUUUCAUCUGAGCCACCAUUUGAUGAACAAUGGAACCAAACCAACUGCUGACUGGAAUGAACAGAAGAUUAUUCUCACCAUCACAACAACAAACUGCAUGCAAACAGGAGUCGGGAAGGACUGUGUUGUAUUUUCACGUCAUGUAAAUUCAGACGACAAAAGUC